GACGGCAGACGGCAGCCACGGCUUGUUUGGUCAAUGAACGGUGCUUCCCUCAUUCUGAUGUUUCCUGUAUCUCGACCGCGUGCAUUCACGGCUCCCACGUGAUAUCUCAAUCCAGUCUUGUCUUCCACAGCUGCCAUCCACUCACCUCUCUAGCCGUCAGUGUCUGGGCCAUCACAUAUUCCUAGCCAUUGAGACCGAUAACACACCCAACAUGUCCGUCGUUAUACGCACCGCCCAGGAUGUCGCCGACAAUGUAGGCGCAAGGAUCGCGCACAUGACCAACCGUCUCCUCCCACCAAAGCAUCGCGAACAUGCGCUUGAGAACCUGCGCGCCUUCUCUGUGCGCAAUCCCAAGCUUGCUUCAUUCCUUGCAGCCCAGACUGCCCUAGCCGGUCUACCUAUCCUUUUGUUCCUCGCCUUCGCCGUUGCAACUCUUAUCGUCUCCCUCGUCACCUGCAUAAUCCUCGGUGUCAUCGCCGCCCUCGUGUUCACACUCUUCACUACCGGCUUCGCCCUUCUCUUCGUCGUCCCCGUCGUCUUCAUUGGCAGCUGCACGGCCAGCAUCGCCUUUCUGUGGGGUCUCAUUGGAUACUUGGUGCUGCAGCGGAUCAAUGGCGGCGAAACGUCAGUCCAACCUGGCACAAAAGUUAGUGAUACCCUGAAUGAGCUGACAGACGAACGGCUACGCGAUCUAGUUGAUCGAGCAGAUGCAGAUGCGCAGCAAGAACGGCUGGCGGCGAAGGCAGAGGCGGACUAUUGGUAUGCUAACUAUUACGACUUCGCCGUCAACAAGGUCGAGAAGUUGCAGAAAGAGCUUGACCUCAGGAACGGCAAGGUGCUUGUCGAGGCAGAGCUGCCCCAGAAGCGUGAUCCACGUGUCGCCUACAUUGUAAGCUAA